AGAAUCCUACCCUUUAAUGCCGCCUUCAUUUGAAGCUCCUCCGAGAGGCAACACGCAGCAGAGCAAAGCGAAGCCAAACACCUCCUCCCCCGUCUCCGUCCCGAGCCCAAGGAGGGGAGGGCAGGCCGCCGCUGCCAUGGGCGACACCGCGGCCGCGGCGCCGAGCAGGUUCGGCAGGGUCUGCGUCUUCUGCGGCAGCAGCUCCGGCAACCGCGCGGUCUUCGGGGACGCCGCGCUCGACCUUGGCAAAGAGCUGGUGGCGAGGGGGAUCGAUUUGGUCUACGGCGGCGGCAGCGUUGGGUUGAUGGGCCUGAUCGCGCAGAGGGUUCUUGAUGGCGGCUGCCGUGUCCUCGGGGUGAUUCCAAAAGCACUCAUGCCCCUUCAGAUAUCAGGUGCAAGCGUUGGAGAAGUAAAGGCUGUCUCCGACAUGCAUGAAAGGAAAGCUGAGAUGGCGCGACAGUCUGAUGCCUUCAUUGCUCUUCCUGGGGGGUAUGGAACAAUGGAAGAGUUGUUAGAGAUGAUAACAUGGUCACAACUUGGAAUUCAUGACAAACCAGUUGGAUUGCUAAACGUUGAAGGCUACUAUGACCCGUUGCUCGUGCUAUUUGAUAAGGGCGCGGCAGAAGGUUUUAUUAAGCAAGAUUGCAGAGAUAUAAUUGUUUCAGCGCCGACCGCACAUGAAUUGCUGAGAAAAAUGGAGCACUACACUCGGUCACACCAGGAGGUAGCCCCGCGGACAAGCUGGGAGAUGUCUGAGUUGGGUUAUGGAAAGGCACCAGAGGAGUCAUAGGAUGUAUGUUUGCUGAAGAUGACAUUGUUCCUGAAGUCUUUUUCAUGUUCCUCGUCUAGCAUUAGUGUUACUGGACUGGGGGCAUCGGCUUGCAAGUACCAUCUUUUGGUUUACCUUUAUAAUUCUUCAUCUGGUGGAGUAUAAGAAUUUGUAUCUACUUCGAUAGUAACAGUGUGGGCAAAUGCACACAUGGUUAUACUUUAUAUUACUUUGUUCGCCUUGUUUACUGUGAACCUUAUAUUUUCAUACGUGACUCCGUAAUAAUAGUCUUUUAUGUGUAAUAUGAUUUUUUUAAACAUUUUUUAAUAGAAGUAAUUGGACA